AUGUCGGAUGGAGAGCAGGGUAAAGAAGAAGAACCAUUAGUACAGACUGUGGGAACAGAGCAGGGUAAAGAAGUAGAACCAUUAGUACAGACUGUGGGAACACAGCAGGGUAAAGAAGUAGAACCAUUAGUACAGACUGUGGGAACACAGCAGGGUAAAGAAGUAGAACCAUUAGUACAGACUGUGGGAACACAGCAGGGUAAAGAAGUAGAACCAUUAGUACAGACUGUGGGAACACAGCAGGGUAAAGAAGUAGAACCAUUAGUACAGACUGUGGGAACACAGCAGGGUAAAGAAGUAGAACCAUUAGUACAGACUGUGGGAACACAGCAGGGUAAAGAAGUAGAACCAUUAGUACAGACUGUGGGAACACAGCAGGGUAAAGAAGUAGAACCAUUAGUACAGACUGUGGGAACACAGCAGGGUAAAGAAGUAGAACCAUUAGUACAGACUGUGGGAACACAGCAGGGUAAAGAAGUAGAACCAUUAGUACAGACUGUGGGAACACAGCAGGGUAAAGAAGUAGAACCAUUAGUACAGACUGUGGGAACACAGCAGGGUAAAGAAGUAGAACCAUUAGUACAGACUGUGGGAACACAGCAGGGUAAAGAAGUAGAACCAUUAGUACAGACUGUGGGAACACAGCAGGGUAAAGAAGUAGAACCAUUAGUACAGACUGUGGGAACACAGCAGGGUAAAGAAGUAGAACCAUUAGUACAGACUGUGGGAACACAGCAGGGUAAAGAAGUAGAACCAUUAGUACAGACUGUGGGAACACAGCAGGGUAAAGAAGUAGAACCAUUAGUACAGACUGUGGGAACACAGCAGGGUAAAGAAGUAGAACCAUUAGUACAGACUGUGGGAACACAGCAGGGUAAAGAAGUAGAACCAUUAGUACAGACUGUGGGAACACAGCAGGGUAAAGAAGUAGAACCAUUAGUACAGACUGUGGGAACACAGCAGGGUAAAGAAGUAGAACCAUUAGUACAGACUGUGGGAACACAGCAGGGUAAAGAAGUAGAACCAUUAGUACAGACUGUGGGAACACAGCAGGGUAAAGAAGUAGAACCAUUAGUACAGACUGUGGGAACACAGCAGGGUAAAGAAGUAGAACCAUUAGUACAGACUGUGGGAACACAGCAGGGUAAAGAAGUAGAACCAUUAGUACAGACUGUGGGAACACAGCAGGGUAAAGAAGUAGAACCAUUAGUACAGACUGUGGGAACACAGCAGGGUAAAGAAGUAGAACCAUUAGUACAGACUGUGGGAACACAGCAGGGUAAAGAAGUAGAACCAUUAGUACAGACUGUGGGAACACGGCAGGGUAAAGAAGUAGAACCAUUAGUACAGACUGUGGGAACACAGCAGGGUAAAGAAGUAGAACCAUUAGUACAGACUGUGGGAACACAGCAGGGUAAAGAAGUAGAACCAUUAGUACAGACUGUGGGAACACGGCAGGGUAAAGAAGUAGAACCAUAA